UAAAAUAGUUGGUGAUGGAAACCAUAAAUCAAGGAAAAGAAGAAAAAAAACUGAAAACAUAUUUAACAAUAGUAGAAUACAGCUCCUCCUCCUCUAAUGAUUAUCUAAUUGUAAAGCAAUCCACUUUGGAUACCAAAUUCAUUAAAGUAAUCAAAAAACCAUAGUCUUCAUCUUCUUCUUUUUGAUCAUCAAUAUUCAUUCAUUCACAUCACAUAACACCAUGCCUUCAAGACAAUUAACUUCUACAACUUCCAAUAUUUUCACCAAACCAAAGUUUCUUUUCAUAGCACUAACCAUUUCAGCUUCUGUUGUCAUCUUCUUCUCAAUACUUUACUUCCUUUAUCAUCUUUGGCUUUCUCUUGUACAUAGAGCUAAGACCAUUCCUUUUGAUGCAAGUUCUCCUUUGAAGCUACAAAGAUUUUCUUACAAAGAGUUAAAGGUUGCUACCAAUGUUUUUGACACUGCUAAUAUAAUUGGCAAAGGUGGUUCUGGUACUGUUUUCAAGGGAGUACUGAAAGAUGGAAAAUUCAUUGCCAUCAAAAGGUUGGACUCUUUGUCUUUGCAAUCAGAGAGAGAGUUUCAAAAUGAGUUGCAGAUUCUUGGAGGGUUGAGAUCACCUUUUCUGGUGACCCUUUUGGGCUAUUGUGUUGAAAAGAAUAAGAGGGUUUUGGUUUAUGAGUAUAUGCCUAAUACAAGCUUGCAAGAGUCACUUUUUGGUGAUGAGUGUUUUGGUUUGAGUUGGGAGAGAAGGUUUUGUAUAAUUAUGGAUGUUGCUAGAGCAUUGGAGUUUUUGCACCUUGGAUGUGAUCCACCUGUGAUUCAUGGUGAUAUUAAGCCAAGUAAUGUGUUGCUUGAUGCUGAGUUUCGCGGGAAGAUCUCGGACUUUGGUUUGUCAAGGAUUAAGGUGGAGGGUGAAUUUGGAGUUGACUUGUUUAGCCAGGAUUUGGGGAAGAGCCAGGAUCUUUGGAAGAGUCAAGACCUUUCAGGUAAUUUGACUGCAGAAACUCCUGUAAUUGGCACUCCUGUUGAGAGUGUGAGUGAAGUUGAUUUUGCUCUUGCUUUGCAAGCUUCUACUUCAUCCAAAAAUAGUAGGAGUUGUUUAAAUGUUAAAGCAUUGAACUUGAACUCUUUGAAUUAUAAUGCAAAUAUUGUUGGUGAAAGUGAAAGUAGGAAUGUAAAUGCAAAGGGUAAGGAAAUUUCAAGUUUGGAUACAGGAGGAGGUGGAGGAGGGGAUGAUUGUUGGAAUACUAAUAAGUUUGUUCCUUAUGAUGAUGAGUUCUGUAGCACUGAUUAUAGUAAGGAUGCUUAUUUGGUUGAUGAAGAGAAGGAAAAUGGGAAACAAUGGGGAGAAGAUUGGUGGUGGAGACAAGAUGGAAGUGGUGAAUUAUGUAGUAAAGACUAUGUCAAGGAAUGGAUUGGGAGUCAAAUUUGUCCAUCAAAUGCUGAUUGGGAUGAUGGUAUUGGCAGUGCUAAGAUCAACAACAUUCAGGAGAAGUCAGAGUUGGAAAAUUCAAGUCCAAUUGAUAAAGCCAGUGAUGCAAAUGGAACACAAUUACUACAAGUAUCUGUGAUGGAAAAUGCAGAUAAUAAAGUUGUUGAUAUGAAAGAACUGAAGGGAAAGAAAAACCACAAGAAGAAGAAGAAUAGGAAGAUGCAAGAGUGGUGGAAAGAAGAACAUAUUGCUGAAUUAAGCAAGAAAAAGUCGAAUAAGCUUAAAAGUCUUCAAACUAAAUGGAAGAAAGGCUUGAAAGUGCCACAUUUUGGUUUAGGUAGAAGGUUCUAUCUUUGCCAACGUAGUAAGAACUAUGGAGAGGAAGGACAGAAUGAGUGUGAACAAAAUGGUGAGUUUAGCUUCAGAAGAGGUUGGAGGAAAAAAAGCUCACGUUCGAUUGGAAGUGAUAUGUGGAGUGGCGAUCUUUUCAGCCGCGAACUAAGCAGCACAACUAGCAUGAGAGGGACAUUGUGUUAUGUAGCACCAGAAUAUGGAGGGUGUGGAUUCUUAAUGGAGAAAGCUGAUAUAUACAGUUUUGGAGUUUUGAUUCUUGUAAUUGUAUCAGGUAGAAGACCAUUGCAUGUUCUUGCAUCUCCUAUGAAGCUAGAGAAAGCUAAUUUAAUAAGCUGGUGUAGACACUUGGCUCAGGCUGGUGGUAACAACAUUUUAGAACUAGUUGAUGAGAAAUUGAAAGAAGACAAUUACAACAAGGAACAAGCAAGCCUUUGCAUCAACUUGGCACUCAGUUGUUUACAGAAAAUUCCAGAGUUGAGGCCAGAUAUUGGAGAUAUUGUUAAGAUUUUGAAGGGGGAGAUGGAGCUUCCACCACUUCCAUUUGAGUUCUCACCUUCUCCACCUUCCAGAUUAUACAGCAGAUCAAGGAGAAAACAAAAGGGCAAUGGAGAAUAGGUUUUUGUAAUGUUGAAGGUUUCUUUACAAGUCAUGUUAAGAUCAGGCUAUGUAGUAGAAUGAGUGCAUUUGGGAGCUAAACACACUCAUAUUGUGAGACUUAUUAUCAUGUUGAAUGUACAUGAGAAUGAGAUUAUUAUUAUUAUUAUUAAUGCUUUUCUCAACUAACAGUUGCAUAAACUUUAAUUGUUGACUUAA